UCCUUUCCGGAGUCUCUCGCCCUGCACACCCGCCAGGGCCCCGGUCCCCCUCUCGGCCUCUCUGUGGCAGCCUCGGGCCCCGCCUUCCCCUCAAGUGUUUCCGAGACUCCCGCCCCCAGGCGGGCGGGGAAGCGGCGGAUCCGGUUUGACUUGGGCGGGUCUGGAAGGGGGGUUGGAGGACGGAAUAGAGGGCGCCCGAAGGGUUGGGUUCCGGCGGCUGCCAUGGUGGUUCCGGAGAAGGAGCAGAGCUGGAUCCCCAAGAUCUUCAAGAAGAAGAUCUGCACGACGUUCAUAGUGGACCUCACAGAUCCGGGAGGGACCUUGUGCCAGUGUGGGCGCCCGCGGAAUGUGCACCUGUCAGUGGCUGUGGAGGAUGCAUUCGGGGCAGCUGUGGUGACUGUGUGGAACAGCGAUGUGCACACCACGGAGAAGCCCACUGACGCCUUUGGGGACCUGGACUUCCUGGGCAUCAGCCGCAAGUCCAGCAAUUUUCUCCGGCUCUCUGACCGCACGGAUCCAGCUACAGUUUAUAAUCUGGUCACACGCACGUGGGGCUUCCAUGCCCCGAACCUGGUGGUGUCAGUGCUGGGGGGGUCAGGGGGCCCCGUCCUUCAGACCUGGCUGCAGGACCUGCUUCGACGCGGGCUGGUGCGGGCCGCCCAGAGCACAGGGGCCUGGAUUGUCUCCGGCGGGCUGCACAUGGGCAUUGGCCGGCAUGUUGGUGUAGCUGUGCGGGACCACCAGAUGGCCAGCACUGGGGGCACCAAGGUGGUGGCCAUAGGCGUGGCCCCCUGGGGUGUGGUCCGGAAUAGAGACACCCUCAUCAACCCCAAGGGCUCGUUCCCUGCGAGGUACCAGUGGCACGAUGACACCGAGGAUGGGGUCCAGUUUCCCCUCGACUGCAACUACUCAGGCUUCCUGCUGGUGGACGAUGGCAGGCACGGCUGCGUGGGCGGUGAGGACCGCUUCCGCCUGCGCUUCGAGUCCUACGUCUCACAGCAGAAGACCGGCGUGGGAGGGACUGGAAUUGACAUCCCUGUCCUCCUCCUCCUGAUCAGUGGUGAUGAGGAGAUGCUGAAGAGGGUAGAGGAUGCCACCCAGGCUAAGCUCCCCUGCCUCCUGGUGGCUGGCUCUGGGGGAGCUGCAGACUGCCUGGUAGAGACUUUGGAAGACACUCUGGCCUCAGGGAGUGGGGGAGCCAGGCGAGGUGAAGCCCAAGAUUGGAUUAGGCGUUUCUUCCCCAAAGGGGACCCUGAGGUUCUACAGGCCCAGGUGGAGAGGAUUAUGACCCGGAAGGAGCUGCUGACAGUCUAUUCAUCUGAGGAUGGCUUUGAAGAAUUUGAGACCAUUGUUUUGAGGGCCCUUGUGAAGGCCUGUAGGAGCUCUGAGGCCUCAGCUUACCUGGAUGAGCUGCGUUUGGCUGUGGCUUGGAACCGCGUGGACAUUGCCCAGAGUGAACUCUUCCGGGGGGACAUCCAAUGGCGGUCCUUCCACCUGGAGGCCUCCCUCAUGGACGCCCUACUGAAUGACCGCCCCGAGUUCGUGCGCUUGUUCAUCUCUCAUGGACUCCACCUGGGCCACUUCCUGACCCCGACGCGCCUGGCCCAGCUCUACAGCGCGGCGACCCCCAACUCACUCAUCCGCAGCCUUCUGGACCAGGCGUCCCACUGCGCAGGCACCAAAGCUCCGGCCCUGAAAGAGGAGACCGCAGAGCCCCAGCCCCCUGACGUGGGGCAUGUGCUCAGAAUGCUGCUGGGGGAUAUUUACGCGCCGAAGUACCCCGGCAGGGGCGCCUCGAACUCCAGUCCAGGCCAGAGCGGCAGGGAGUGCGUGUCUCUGCUGUCGGACAGGGGCCCCUUGGAAUUCUCGCUAGAUGCCGGCCUUGGGCACUCGCCCUGGAGUGACCUGCUCGUUUGGGCACUGCUGCUGAACAGAGCCCAGAUGGCCAUGUACUUCUGGGAGAUGGGCCCCAGUGCUGUAGCCUCAGCUCUCGGGGCCUGUUUGCUGCUCCGAGUGCUGGCGCGCCUGGAGUCUGAGGCUGACGAGGCAGCAAGGAGGAAAGACCUGGCGGCCAAGUUUGAGGGGAUGGGCGUUGACCUCUUUGGCGAGUGCUACCGCAGCAGCGAGAAGCGGGCUGCCCGUCUGCUCCUCCGAUGCUGCCCUCUUUGGGGGGAUGCCACCUGCCUCCAGCUUGCCAUGCAGGCGGAUGCCCGUGCCUUCUUUGCCCAGGAUGGGGUACAGUCUCUGCUGACACAGAAGUGGUGGGGGUCCAUGGACAGCACCACGCCCAUCUGGGCCCUGGUUCUCACCUUCUUUUGUCCCCUACUCAUCUACACCAACCUCAUCACCUUCAGGAAAGUAGAAGAGGAGUCCACAGAAGAUGACCUAGAGUUUGAUGUAAAUGAGGACAUUAAUUGGGACGGGCCUGUUGGGCCAGCAGACCCCCCUGAGAAGACUCCACAAGGGUGUUUGCCUCAGCCCAGCUAUGCAGGUUGCUGUGGGAGGUAUAUCUGGGACUGCUGCCUGUGCCGCUGGUUCCAGUUCUGGGGGGCGCCGGUGACAGCCUUCCUGGGCAACGUGAUCAGCUACCUCCUGUUCCUGCUGCUCUUCGCCCGGGUGCUGCUCAUCGACUUCCAGCCUGCACCACCGGGCACCCUGGAACUGCUGCUCUACUUCUGGGCCUUCACCCUGGUCUGCGAGGAGCUGCGCCAAGGCCUGGGCAGUGGCUGGGGCAGUCUGGCCAGCAAGGGGCCCCAGCCUGGGCCCAGCCAGGUCCCGCUGCGCCAGCGGCUGCACCUCUACCUCACCGACACCUGGAACCAAUGCGACCUGGUGGCCCUCACCUGCUUCCUCCUGGGCAUGGGCUGCAGGCUGACCCCCGGCCUGUAUGACCUGGGCCGCACCGUCCUCUGCCUCGACUUCAUGGUCUUCACGCUACGGCUGCUGCACAUCUUCACGGUCAACAAACAGCUGGGGCCCAAGAUCGUCAUCGUGAACAAGAUGAUGAAGGACGUCUUCUUCUUCCUGUUCUUCCUUGGCGUGUGGCUGGUUGCCUACGGGGUGGCCACGGAGGGGCUUCUGAGGCCCCAGGACAGUGACCUCCAGGGUAUCCUGCGCCGCGUCUUCUAUCGGCCCUACCUGCAGAUCUUCGGGCAGAUACCCCAGGAGGACAUGGACGUGACCCUCAUGGAGCGUGUCAACUGCUCGUCGGAGCAGGGCGUCUGGGCGCGUCCGCCCCGGGCCCAGGCAGGCUCCUGCGUCUCCGUAUACGCCAACUGGCUGGUGGUGCUACUCCUCAUCAUCUUUCUGCUCGUGGCCAACAUCCUGCUGCUCAAUUUGCUGAUCGCCAUGUUCAGCCACACGUUCGGCAAAGUACAGGGAAACAGCGACCUGUACUGGAAGGCGCAGCGCUACAGACUCAUCCGGGAAUUCCACUCUCGGCCCGCGCUGGCCCCACCCCUUAUCGUCAUCUCCCACGUUUGCCUCCUUAUCGAACGAUUGUACAGGCCCCAACCGGGCCCCUCGCAGUCCUCUCCGGACCUCUCGCAUUUCCAGGUCGGUCUCUCGAAGAAAUCCGAGCAGAGGCUGUUGACUUGGGAGUCGGUGCGUAAGGAGAGUUUCCUGUUGGCGCGCGCGCGGGACAAGCGGGAGAGAGAUUCCGAGCGUCUGAAGCGCACGUCGCAGAAGGUGGACACUGCGUUGAAGCUGCUGGGACAGAUCCGCGAGUACGAGCAGCGUCUGAGAGGGCUGGAGCGGGAGGUCCGGCACUGUAGCUGCGUCCUGAGCUGGGUGGCUGAAGCCCUGAGCCGCUCUGCGUUGCUGCCCCCUGGGGGGCCACCGCCCCCAGUGCCACCUGGGUCCAAAGACUGAAUCCUGCUGGCAGACCUCUAGGAGUAGCCCCCACAGGAGGGUUUUGCUCCUGGAGUCACCUCCACCUCUGCACCUGGUGAGCUUGUCUUCAAGUGGGCCCCAUGCGCGUAGACACCUGGGCUGCCGUCGGGACCACUGUGGAGAGUGUCAUCCAUAUGAACCACGACAGGCCUGGCUCCUCCCAGAACCAGCCCCACUCUGGGAGGCUCAGGCCCUGGCUGUUGCCCCUCUGAGGGCCCCGCCACAGCAGGGAGACAUGGAGGGUUCUUGGGGUUACAGGGACCACAGACUUCACUCACAUCUUCCCCACACUGGGAAAAUAA